GUCAAUGACAGGAAGAUUGCAUUUUGGUCGUGAGAACAUGUUUAGGUAUAUGUGUGGAGAGAAAAGGUCAACUGUGAGUUUCAAGCAGCGAGCCCUGUUAGGAGAGGUCCUGUAUGAGCAAUACCUGGAGAAUUCAGAAUUAUGUGACGUCACACUUAUCAUUCAUGGACGGGAACAGAAGGCCCAUUGGUCAGUUCUCAUGGUUUCACCUUACUUUAAAGCCUUGUAUGACAGUGGGCUAUCUGAACGACAAACUGGUAGAAUCAAUCUUAAUCUAGAAGAUGAAGCCUCUAUCAACGCUAUCCUGAAAUAUCUGUACACAGGCGAGAUAUGGAUCACAAUGGAAAACAUGGAAGCUUUACUCCGUACCGCAGACUACCUCCUUGUCGCAAACAUCAAACACUCCUGCGAGUCAUUCUUCGCGUCCAGAAUGGGCCCCGACUUGACGGAAAGGAACAGCGUAAAACUGUGCUUACUAGCAGCCAAGUUCGACCUCCCGAAUCUGUACGGUAAAGCCUACAAUUACAUCCUGAGCAACUUCAGUAAGAUAGCAGCGGGCCAUCACCACCAUUCUCUUAGUCUUGACACCAUGGAAAUGUUUGUACAAAACCCAGCUCUGGAUCAUGUCAAACCAGAAAAAAUGUUUCAGUAUAUAGUGUCCUGGGUGGAACACGAUCUGCUAAACAGGAAGGAGUACUUUCAAGACCUGUUCUGCUGUCUAAGUCUGGAGCGCUUCACCCAAGACGUCUUUGAACGCGACAUUGAAAAGUGUCCGCUCGUUUUAGGAAGCCCAGUGUGUCAGAAUCACAUAUCUAAGUUCAACAGACAGUCCCAAGCGGGUAUUCUGCGCUUCAAACGUAACAUAUCUGACACAAAGGAAGUCUUUCACUUUUUUUGUGCCCAUAACGAAUGCCUAUGCUCUGUUCACAGUCUAGAUGUGGGGUUUGUUUUGGAUGAUAAUAUGUGGGAACCAGUGAACAGUUUUGGUUUUCUGGAGACAAUAUCUGAACCGUCCAUGACUUGUCUGGAAGAUGACACCAUCAUCAUCACAGAGAAGACUAUGCUGCAGCAGUUUGAUAAGAAGCAAACUCAGGCAUUCCAUGUGUACUCAAAGGACAAUGAAGUAGCAACUUUGGCCUGGAAAACCACGGAGGUCCCCAGGCCUUCCAAAGACUUCAAGGUCGAGCAGCUGGUAAGUUGUGGCGGGCAUGUUUAUGCCGUGUGCUGUCCAAACACGAAACGAGAAAACAAAGAUUGGAAAGUAUACCAGGUUGUCCUUAAGAACCCACGGCGCCGUGGGCCUCGUCGUAAAUUCGUUUGUCGCUGUAAGAUCUUCACCACAGCCAAGGACUGCCAUUUGUCUUCGUUACAUAUGCAGGCCUGUGUUCUGCACAACAGGUACAUUUUUAUAUCGGCUGGCCAAGAAGACAAGGAUAUAAAACCUAAGACCUACUUUGCUCUCGUGGACACUGAGAAGUUUCCUCACGGUCUCCUGUACCAGGCAGUCAAGGACAUAUUCUGCCCUGUGAUAUUCCCAGUGGGUGAUCAGGUAGUUAUAACCCAGCUGACCUCCAGAAUCGCCUUGGCCUUCCACUGCCAAACCAAGGAGUUCGCAGAGUGUCCUCAGUUUGUGAUCCAACGAGACCUGCCUCUAUCUGUGAACAGGCGAAACUUUGCAUACAGGUUCCACUACAAUCAUCUGUAUGUGUUUGGAGGUUUUCUAGGCGUUCGAAAGCUCACCUCCUGUUUCCGUUAUUCGUACGCUGUUAGUCAGUGGGUGCGUCUCCAAGAGCUGCCCAAAACCAUUAUUGGUCAGGGCCUGAUGUGCUUGAGGAAUAUCCACCGUUCUGAGCUCAGCAGGCAUGCCCUGCAAGCAUACAGAGAAACCAACCCCAACCCCUGACAUGUCUGAGGGUCGUUUACCUGUAUUCUCUAUGUCUAAAAUUCAUUUGAAGGUCAUUCAACUGCAUGGGUUACAGGCAUACACCAACCCCGACAUGUCUGAAGGCAGUUCACAUAUAGAACAUGCUGCCUGGCUACAUCUACAUGUAUGGUGUGCCUCUGCACCAGACCUUUCUAAACUUGUGCUCAUCUUGCUUGGCUGAAGGUCAUUUGAAGGUCAUUCAUGUUGCCAAUCUAUGCACUGCAAUGGCAGAGGUUUAUGUGAAUGCACACAUACUCAGUCCAUCUUGAAAAAAUUCUUUGUCAGGACUGACAAUGUAGGGUAGGGUGGUAGGGUAUUUUUUUCUUUAUUCCGACCAGUGGAAAAGAUAUUGUUGAAAGGUAUUUUAACAUUGAGAGAAAAAUAACAAAUACAAAGAUAUUCCAUCAUAAUCUCAAUAAAAACUUUAGAGCACAGGAUGAGUCUGGUUAGCCCCAAGGAGAAUAUUUGUAAUGACGGCCUUAUGUCUAUAUAUACUGUUGACACAUUUGUAACAAUCUUUUGCCUGCUCAAGGAAUGCCCUCUGUCAUGAAAUUUAUAAUGAGGCAGAGUACCUAGAAAUGAAAACUUGUUUAGAGUCUCAUCAGAUCCAAAAUUGGUUGUUUGUUAUUUUGAAAUCAAUUGUUCAAUUGAUUGGUCAGCUUCAUCUCUAACAUUACAUAGCAAUAUAGCAAUACAGGUGGUCAAUGUCAACACUUUCUGUUGUGGAAGUGCACGCAACUCUAUUCCACUUUGCACGUAACUGUAUUCCACUUUGAACUCAACUCUAUUCCAUUGUGCACGUAAUAUUCCACUUU